AUGUCACAGUGGGCCGUCGGCCCCCAAACAGUAGAGAGCAAUUCGUCGUGCGGUCGCUUUUGGCUCGAGUGCGUACUCGCCAAGUGGUUUGAGCGCGCCAGGGACGUCAGGCAGGACGACGCGACGCUAAAGAAGCUCACGGCCUGCGUCGCGCGCGCUCGAGAGCUGCUGCCACCCGUCCUGUGGCUCUCGGUCUUCUACACGAUUACGCUGCAUCUUGGGUGCACCGUCGUUGCGAAGGAAGUCCAAGCCAUCACGAUGAUGCUGCUCGUCGAGUUACCGGACCAAGCGAUUUGGCAUCUCGUUGGUCGGCGUCACUUGCCUGCCGUCAAGCAAGCCAUCGCCGCGGAGCAGCUCGUUGCCAAGAAGGAUUUCGUCGACACGUGGAGCGACAUCGUCAGUAUUGCCAGCCAGCUGGAAGCCAUGGUAAACAGCACGGGCGUUGUCCUUGACAACAUCACGAUCAGCUACAAGAUCCUCGUGCCCACGUCGUCGCAGCUCAUUGAUCUGUCGGGCGCCAACCCCGUCUACAUAAAACGCAUCUGGGUUGGCCGGCCGAUUGCUCAAUACAAGUCAAAGCCGCGCAUCGUCGGACUCGUCGGCUCGGACAACAACACGUACAGGUUUGUCCUCAAGAAGGAUGCGAUCCGGAAGGACGAGUUUGUCAUGCAGUCGGCGACGCUCGUCAACCGUUUGUUGGCCGCCAACAAGCCGACGAUCGACAUUCGCCUCGAGACGUACGCGGUCGUCCCGUUGGCAAACGAUGUCGCACUCAUCGAGUGGGUGCCCAACACGAUCACGCUGUUUGCUGCGGUCGAGAAGGAAGCGCGGGAAACGAUAAGCCGUUGCAUGCGCAACUACAAGGUCGAGCUUGACGCGCUCGCGGGCGGUGACAUUUGUAGCAGUACAGCGUUCACCGAGCUCAUGUCCAAAGAACCCGAGAAAGUUUGCAAGCUCUACAAGGAGUAUGCCUCGGAUCCAUGCUUCAAGGAACAUCUCGUCAAGUGGUACCACGACGUUUGGUUUUGA